AUGGCCGCCCCCGUCCGCCGCCUCCAACAAACCCUCUCGCACCUGCAAUCCCCCCAACCCACACACCUCUCCAUCGUCCACGGCCCAACCGAGCCGGAACUGCUGGACGUCACGCUCGGCGAGCUCCUAACGCUGCAGAGCCUGCAGUAUGGCGACUACGAGUGUCUUGUGUUCCCGUGGACCGGGGCGCGCUGGACAUACGCGGAUCUGAACGAUGAGGCGGACCGCGUUGCGCGCGGGAUGCUGGCGAUGGGGAUUCAGAAGGGGGACCGCGUGGGCAUCAUGGCGGGAAACUGCGAGCAGUAUAUUUCGAUUUUCUUUGCGGCGGCGCGCGUGGGUGCAAUUCUGGUCGUGCUGAAUAAUACGUAUACGCCGAGUGAGCUCUAUUAUGCGCUUGAUCAUACGGGUAUGCUUGAUUUGAACGAGUCUGGAGUUAGAAUUAGGGAGCUAAUGGAACGAUGGGUAGACUGCAGACUACUCUUCUUGACCCCCCGCAUCAACAAGCACUCCCUCGAGGAUGUCCUCACCAAACUCGGCCCGCACCCCAAGGCCGCUGGCACGUCCAAAGCCCUCGAAGAGAUCGUCGUCAUCCGCGGCACAUACAAGGACUUCACGACCUACGCGCAGGUCAUUGAGCGCGGGAUCCCGCUGCCCGCUAACGCCCUCCCCGAGCGUGAGACCCAAUUGCAGCCUGAAGACGUCUGCAACCUCCAGUUCACGUCCGGGUCAACGGGGAACCCCAAGGCCGCGAUGCUGACGCACCACAACCUCGUCAACAACUCCCGCUUCAUCGGCGACCGCAUGAACCUCACCUCCUUCGACAUCCUCUGCUGCCCGCCGCCCCUCUUCCACUGCUUCGGACUGGUCCUAGGCAUGCUGGCCGUCGUAACGCACGGGUCCAAAAUCAUCUUCCCGGCCGAGACCUUCGACCCCCUCGCAACGCUGCACGCCAUCUCCGACGAGAAGUGCACGGCUCUCCACGGCGUGCCGACAAUGUUCGAGGCGAUCCUGUCCUUCGAUAAACCGCCCAACUUCGACUGCUCCAAUCUCCGCACUGGAAUCAUCGCCGGCGCCCCCGUGCCCCGCCCGCUCAUGAAACGCCUCUUCGACGAGCUGAAUAUGAGGCAGUAUACCAGUAGCUACGGACUAACCGAAGCAUCCCCAACCUGCUUCAACGCCCUGACAACCGACAGCAUCGAAACCCGCCUCCGCACCGUAGGCAAGGUGAUGCCGCACGCGAAAGCCAAAAUCAUCGACGGCUCCGGCGCCAUCGUCCCCGUCGGCACGCGCGGCGAACUCUGCAUGGCCGGAUACCAGCUGACAAAGGGGUACUGGAACAACGCGGCCAAGACGGCGGAGACGCUGGUGACCGACGAGCAGGGGACCGUGUGGCUGAAGACAGGCGACGAGGCGGUCUUCGACAAAGAUGGGUACUGCAGUAUUACGGGGCGGUUCAAGGAUAUCAUCAUCCGUGGCGGCGAAAACAUCUACCCCCUCGAAAUCGAAGAGCGGCUGUCCGCGCACCCGUCAAUCGCACUGUCAAGCGUGAUCGGGAUCCCGGACCCCAAAUACGGCGAGGUCGUGGGUGCAUUCAUCGCCCUUGCAGACGGAACGACACGACCAUCCGACGACGAACUGCGGGCGUGGACGCGCGAGACGCUCGGUCGGCACAAGGCGCCGCAGCAUGUAUUUGUGUUUGGGGAGGAGGGCGUGGAUAGGACGGUUCCUGUUACGGGGAGCGGGAAGGUGCGGAAGGUGGAUUUGCGGAAGAUUGCGGAGGGGGUUUUGGGGAGGCGGAAUGGCAAUGCUAGGGAAGUGCAGGCUACGGCGUAA